AGAAUUUUAACCAGGCAACGGCAGCCACCAGCUGGAAACUUGAAGAACGUCAAUGUGUGCUGUCUAAAAUCCAGUUUUUUGCUCGCAAAAUUUCCGUUUUUCUCUCGAAAUCUUUGCUAAAAAUUCGCGAAAAUGCGUGAGUGUAUUUCCAUCCAUGUGGGGCAGGCCGGGGUCCAGAUCGGCAACGCUUGCUGGGAAUUGUACUGUCUGGAGCACGGCAUCCAGCCAGACGGGCAGAUGUCUAUUGAAAAAACCACUGAAAACCGCGACGACAGUUUCAGCACCUUCUUCAGCGAAACUAGAGCUGGUAAGCACGUGUCCCGAGCCGUGUUUGUGGACUUGGAGUCCACCGUGGUGGACGAGGUGAGAACAGGUCCGUACCGCCAGCUGUUCUACCCCGAGCAGCUGAUCACUGGCAAAGAGGACGCGGCCAACAACUACGCCAGAGGCCACUACACUAUUGGCAGAGAGAUCAUCGACCUGGUGGUCAACCGGAUCAGGAAGCUGGCCGACCAGUGCGCCGGCCUGCAGGGCUUUCUCAUUUUUCACUCGUUUGGGGGCGGCACCGGGUCCGGAUUCACCUCGCUGCUGAUCGAGCGCCUCUCGGUGGACUACGGCAAAAAGUCGAAACUGGAGUUGGCAGUUUAUCCCGCCCCGCAAGUCUCCACCGCUGUAGUGGAGCCCUACAACUCCAUCCUGACCACGCACACCACUCUGGAGCAUUCGGACUGCGCCUUUAUGGUGGACAAUGAGGCCAUCUACGACAUCUGCAGGCACAACCUGCAUAUCGCGCGACCCAGCUAUACUAGCUUGAACCGCUUGAUUGCGCAGAUUGUCUCCUCCAUCACGGCGUCGCUGCGCUUCGACGGCGCCCUCAACGUCGACCUCACAGAGUUCCAGACCAACCUGGUGCCGUACCCGCGCAUCCACUUCCCCUUGGCCACUUACGCGCCUGUCAUACAGUUCGUCGACUGGUGCCCCACUGGGUUCAAGGUGGGCAUCAACUACCAGCCGCCCACCGUGGUCCCAGGGGGCGACCUGGCCAAGGUGCAAAGGGCGGUUUGUAUGCUGUCGAACACCACGGCCAUUGCAGAGGCCUGGGGGCGGCUCG